AUGGUGAUCAUCAUGGCACGUCCUUCGAUCCAACACAAGAUUCAUCUUACCAAUAUGUUACGCGACAAGAUACUGAUCGUGCAUUGUCAAUCCAAAGACAACGAUUUCGAGGCGCGCACUUUGCCCGUCGGCGAGAGUGUCCAGUGGAGUUUCGAGCCGAAUUUGUUCGGCGGGACGCUCUUCUGGUGCAAACUCGCCGUCGAAGAUAAGCGUCUUACUUUCACGGCGUACGAACAAAGUGGGCUCAAACAAAGUGGGUCAUACACGGGACACUGGUAUGUUGGUGGCGACGGGGUUUAUGGGAAGGGCAAGUACACCAAUGAUGCCCGCGCCGGGCCGGCUUUUGGUCCUCUUACUUGGCCGGAAACGAUAUGGCGCUGCCGGCAAAAGGGUAAAAGUCUCUUGCACCGGCAACUCUAG